AAUAAGUUCUGGGACGGAAGAUGAAUAAAUAUUCUUCUCUUUCACUCAGCUCUUCCUUUUUACCAAUUCAUGUUAGAUGAAUGGCUAUUCCCCUUACCCUUCUAAUCCCACUAUUACACACCUUGACGAUCCAUCAACACCUACACCUACCACUCAUCAAUUAAAACGAACUAGAGCCAAACGUAGCUGUGAUUUUUGUCGCAAACGUAAAUCCCGCUGUGAUGCAGAUACAUCGAUCCCUUGUUCCAACUGUAAAGCGGUAAAUACAUCAUCUAUCAAAAGUUUCCCAUGUUCAUUCGAUAGAACUAACUCACAUCAUUCGAUAGUGGGGUUACAUAUGCGAAUUCCAGACGGUGCGCAAAAAGCGUGGACCUCCUAGUGUCUACGUAGAGAAUCUUGAAAAGCGCUGUAAAAAGAUGGAAGCUUUAUUAACGCAAUUGACCCAACUAUCGAUCAAGGAAUUGGAACAGGAUGAUUUCCGGUUUCACGGCCAAGUCAAUCUAGCUGAACAUCUCGCUUUCGGAGAUGAAACAUCGCAUCAACUCAUCAGUAAACGACAAGAUCACCAUGGUCAGGACGACCUGAAAGGUGAAUCUGCGCAGGAUACCGAUGGCGAUCAUAACGACGUCAACGAAGAAGACGAGGAAGAAGAAGAUGAUGAUGAUGACAAUGACAAUUACAGCGAAGAAGAAACCAACCAAAAAGACCCGCAUGCUGCCGAUAGAUCCGUAACGUUGGAAGAGAAACUGGCCGAUCUCAGUAUCGAAGAUUAUGAUUCGCUCAAGUACGCCGGGAAAUCCGCCGGUCUGAAUACAUUACUCGAUGAACAAGUGUUCAAAUCCAAGUCUUACAUAGCAUGGCCGGGCCGUGACGAUGUGGUUCUGCAGAGGAUGUCGCAGAGCGAGUUGAUGAUUGUACGUACGGGACGAUCCGCCUCUGGAAAAUCUGGUACACGAUUGAAUGUCGGUAUUUCCAUGCGUUCGGGUGUCUUUGAUGAACCAUAUUCACACCAUCGUUUCCCAACGGAUACUCUAAAAAAACUGAGCAAAAAUUUGUCCAACAGAAUGAUUACUCUUUACUUUAGCCAUAUCCAUUCAUUCUUGCCUGUUAUUAACAAGCCACGAUUCCUAUCUCAGUUUCACCAACCCACAACAAGCCCUGCGACGAACCAUAUUUUACUCCAUGCCGUUUUAGCCUUGUCCUUCCGGUUUGCCUCACAGCACUUUCCAAGUUUGGUAGAAAGUGCUUCCGAUUAUGCUAGUUUCUAUGCCGCCAAGGUAUUCAAGCGUCUUCGUAAUACUGCGCAAUCGCGGCUCUGUCACAUUCAAGCGGCUCUACUGAUGACCCUGUAUCUUGAUUUGGACGAUGGUGAUGUGGAUUCUUUUCAAUGGUACCUUCUCGGAAGUGCUAUCCGGAUGGCACAAGACCUCGGCUUACAUCGUUCGUGUGCCCAUUGGAAGCUGCCCGCCUCCGAAAUUGAAACACGCCACCGCGUUUUCUAUGCUUGUUACGUAAUGGAUCGUUGGAUGAGUGCGCGCGCAGGCAAACCAUUGACGAUAUUAGAUCGCGAUUUUGAUACCGAGUUACCGUCUCCUUACGAAGUUUCCGACGCAGGCUUGCCAAUAUUGGAAGAAAGUACACCUAUUUAUCAUUCGUUCCUGCUUUUUAUCAAGUUGUCGGAAAUUCUCGGUCGUGUACUCAAAGCACUUUACGCACCGAAAGCAAAGCAUGCCAACAUCAACGCGGGUCUAGAUGAUCCCACUAUCCUUGUCGUUUUUGAUCGCCGGUUAAAACAGUGGCGAGCAUCACUGGACGAACCCCUGAACGGGGUCGAGCUGUCGUCAGCCCAGAAAGGUAAUUUUUUUGAUUCGCAAAAUAAAACCAAGGAAAUCUACUUAUCAAAAUCGUACACACGUAUACGUACAUUCAUAGUUCCGUUACUCAUCUUUUACCAUACUGCGGUAAUAUUGGCACAUCGUCCUUUCCUUGAAUUGACCAUGUUGCAGUCCAUCAACGAACAGAAUGCCAUUGAAAUCGCGUCGUGGCAGCCUUGUGCAGAUUCCGCGGCCAGUUUGAACGAUAUUAUCAAACAAAUCCCGAGUCUCAAGGCAACCCCAGAAGUAUACUCAUCGUUCUGCUUGCCGACAUGCUUUGUGUAUGCGAUGUUCCAGUCUUCACUCGUGCUGCUGAGUGCUCUGUUGAAAGAUCGUGCAUCUUCCGAAAAACUGACCGCGUUGCAGCAAUCACUAGCCCUCAUCAAACAACACGAGACACUAGCGCCAGCGCGUCAAGCUUAUGAACUAUUGAACAUGAUGAUCAUUGUUCACGACAUCAAGCUAAGCAGCGCUGUAGGCAAGACGGCGAUAACGAGUUCGAAAUUUUCACCGUUGCCGAGUACUCAGGUGGCGUCGUUGCUCAAUAAGCGGUCGCGCAAUAUCACUCGCCAUAAAUACUCUGCUUCAGAAGAGAUACCGAAAUCGAAAUGGUUCCAACACACGCCACAUCCAUCCAUGUUCAACACGUACAUUCCACCAGGAACGCGACGUCAAGUAGAGUCCUUGAUUGCUCACGAACCGCUUGUCAACCGCUUCAUGUCCACCCAUUCCGAUCCCUCCGGAACCCUAUCCGAUCCACUCGCAUCACACUGGCAUACCAUGCAUCGUCAUUCCUUUUACACAGCUCCUCCGUCGGAUAUUUUCGGCCCAGUCACUCAUUAUGCGUCCAGCCCACUUCCCAUGACCGCUUCCCCUUUAUCAAUCACUGCUUUGCCUCCAAGAUUAUCAUCUUCUAUGGCCUCGAGUUAUCACAAGAAUAUCAUGGCAACGCCUGCCUCCAUCGAAUCUCCAAUGAUGGAGCAGAUAUUAUCGCCCCAACCCGUCCCCUAUAUGGCCACGGAACCGGCACCGAUGGUCUCGGCGGCUCAGCUGCAGCCGAGCAAUGUCAACUGGACAGACUGGAACAUGUAUCUUCACCAGCAGCAAUCAUUCAGUCCGUCAGUCGUGCCAUCACAGGCCAUAUCACAACCGCAGCAGCCAUCAACCUCGGAAAUGCCGUUUCAGCAUAGUCUAUAUUCUACUAUUCCCUCCUUUGACCGUGCAAUUUAAAUCCCUUCAUACAUUCCUUCCACUUGUAUAUGUUGUCCAUACACCAUCAUGAAAUCUCUUGCCAGCUCUUGUUUAUUCUCUGUACCUUUCCAUAUUCCCUCCUUAUCCAGAGUUUACGCUAUACAUACAGUUGGGGCCGUCUUUCUCUGUAUUUGAUCUUGCAUGAAUAAAUUAUAUGAAAUUGAUAGAUAUCCAUU